CCCGGGAGGAGGAAGAAGAUUUGGCGCGGAGAAAAUGUCGACAGUGACGGUGCCGUCGGUUCUGGACCCGGUGGACCCGGUGGACCCGGUGCACGGUGACCCGUCCAAAGCAGACAUCCUGAGAGGAAUCGUGGCCGAGAAGCUGACAACAGCCGCGCGGGAAAUCUUAGCGGCGGUCGAGAGAACCGUGACCGGAUACGAGGCGGAGGCGGCGGCUCUGAGGCGGCAGCUCAUCCGGCAGAGGAGGCAGCUGGAGCGGCUGCUGCGGCCGCACGGCGCCCCCUGCUCCAUCGAUGGGGACGACUCGCCGAGCACGGACGUCUCAGGCCAUGCUGAGGAAGAUGAAGCUGAAGACGAAGAGUCCGCUGAGGUUCUGGUACAGAGCGCCGGUCCUGAUCAGGAUCAGAGUGACCCGGUUCACCACAUACAACAUGCCAGGUUCAUCGGUCCGUCUGAGGUGAAGGACAGGAGACGUCCUCUGGACCUCAGAGUGUGUCUGUUAGAGGACACUGACACACUCAGACAAGACGUGUUCAAGUUCCCGAUCCAGGUCCUGAGCUGUCCUCGAGGCCUGCAGGAGCCGGGCUUUCUGGACCUGCUGAGGUCCACCUUCUCUCAGCUAACCGAGCACUUCGAGGUCUUCACCGCUGAUGAAACCAGAACCCUGACACCACUGAAGCUCCAGACGCUGACGCCAGAGGAGAUCAGAAAGUCCAUCAGGUCCACGAGGAGAUCAACCCUGUACGUCCGAGCAAAGAGAGCAGAAGAGUUGCCGGCAACCAGCACGGAGCAACUUCAUCCCCCACAGAGAAACAACAAAGACGCAGACGGACUCCAUACAAGUUCUGACAGCAACAAAGACGAUCAUCUGUCCAGCAACUCAACAUGGCAACAACAAAUAGAAACAGACGAAGAACAACAAAGAACAUCAGAUGAAGACGAUGACUGGAAACCAGACAGAGACGACGAGGUGCCGAGGGAGAGCGAAGCUGAACGUGACCCAUCCAAGGUGACGCGGCGGCUGUCGUCUCCGAAGGCGGCGGCUUGUAACCGUGACGCUCGUCCAUCCUGUAAAGUGUGUCACGCUCUGCGCGGGUCAACGAACAUGUUGGUAAAACACGCCUGGAGUCACGUGGAUGAUCCGGAGAGACUCUGCGGAGUGUGUGGAGAACGUUCAGAGUCCUCAGAGGAGCUGCGGAGUCAUCUUCAGGGGCACCAGAAAACGCACAUCUGUAACGUCUGUGGAAAGUCUUUCCUCUCCGCGACUGGUCUAAGGAGACACGACGUCACGCACACGGGAAACAGACCGUACAGGUGUGAGGUCUGUCAGAAAACGUUCACGUGCAGGUCUCACCUGAAGGCUCACCAGUGGGAACACGCCGAGGACCGACCGCACAAAUGUGACGUCUGCGCUCAGUCGUUCGGCUUCAAGCAGCAGCUGAGGAACCACAGCCGGAUCCACACAGGUGAGAAGCCUUACCGCUGCGACGUGUGCGCCAAAACCUUCGGCGACCUCCGAAGUCUGUCCCAACACAAGCUGAGACACGUUGGGGAAAAACGUUACGCCUGUCCGGUUUGUGGGAAACGAUUCUUAACUCCGGGAAAAGUGAAAGAACACGAGAAGAUCCACACGGACAGAGACAGGACGUUCCUCUGCGACGUCUGCUGUAAAACCUUCCACACUCGAGGACAGCUGAAGACUCACCUGAAGACGCACAGCGGGGACAAGAUCACCUGCGGACAGUGUGGUAAAGCUCUGUCCUCUGAGGGAGCUCUGAGGAGACACGUGAUGAUCCACACUGGAGAGAGGCCGUACGAAUGUUCAGAGUGUGGGCGGAGCUUCAACACGUGGAGCAUUCUGCAGAAUCACCUGAAGACUCACUCCGACCUGCGGCCGUUCGUCUGCAGCGUCUGCGGGAAGGCGUACGCUCGCAAAGAAUACCUGAGCGUCCACAUGAGAGUCCACAGCGGACAGAGACCGUACCACUGUCCCCUCUGUGACAAAGACUUCACCCAGAGCCACUGUCUGAAGACACACAUGAAGACUCACCAAAGACUGGAAGACUGACUGAAGACUGACUGAAGACUGACUGAAGACACACCAAAGACUGGAAGACUGACUGAAGACUCACCAAAGACUGGAAGACUGACUGAAGACUCACCAAAGACUGGAAGACUGACUGAAGACACACAUGAAGACUCACCAAAGACUGACUGAAGACUGACUGAAGACACACAUGAAGACUCACCAAAGACUGAAAGACUGACUGAAGACUGAAGACACACAUGAAGACUCACCAAAGACUGAAAGACUGACUGAAGACUGAAAACACACAUGAAGACUCACCAAAGACUGGAAGACUGACUGAAGACACACAUGAAGACUCACCAAAGACUGACUGAGAGUAGUAGUACUGGUGUAUUACUACUCCACCUUCUCCACAUUGUCACAUCCUGAAACGCAGAACAUGUAAACAAAUAUAAAUGAGUCCACUGGAAGUACUUCAAUAAAGUAAUACA